AUGAACUUCAUUCGUUCCAACAAGCCGGAUCUGAUAGAAGUUAUCUGCACCGAUACCAGUUUCUUUUUGCAGCGUGUUGAGAAGACACAACUUAUAGUUCGCCGGGAGUACACUAAGCUUAAAGCAAAUAUUGACCGAGAUUUAGAAAAGGGUACCAUUGACCUGUUGGAUAAGUUAAUCGAUAAAGGUGACGAAACCUGCAAUAAAUUCAUUUCACUUUUGAAAGAGGACGACACACUCCAGACAUUUCCUGCCCUGGACUUCCGGACCACCUACCACCGGCUCCUUUGGACUAAUCUCUGCCACUGGGGGGGGACGCACACACAGCACGUGAAGACAUAUGCGAUGAACAAAAGACCUCGUGGCCUCUGUGUCAUCAUCAAUAACAUGACCUUCAAAAACUCGGGAGAACGAAAAGGAUCUGACAUAGACGCUGGUACCUUGGAGCAUGUCUUCACCUGGUUGGGAUUCACAGUGGAACGCCACAACAACAAAACCGUAGCUGAAAUGGAAAACAUCCUUCAGAAGUGCAAAGUUUUUGGAGACUGCUUUAUCUGCUGUGUGCUCAGCCAUGGACAAUCAGAGGGCAUUCUGGGAUGUGACGAUGAGGUCCUGACUAUGGAAAAAAUGCUCACCCCAUUCAAAGAGUGUCCCAAACUAGCUGGGAAGCCUAAACUCUUCUUCAUCCAAGCUUGCCGCGGGAACCGCUUCCAGGAGGAAGUCAUGCUCACUACCGAUAGUGGUGAAGUCGCACAGGAAUUGGAGACGGAUGUCAGACCGUUCGAGAUGAUCCCAGUUGAUGCUGACACUCUCAUUGUCAUGGCUACUGUGGAUAAGCACUACGCCGUGAGAGACCCUACCAAUGGCUCCUGGUUUAUCCAGCCACUAUGCACACAGCUCAAAGAGGGCACACUAAGGGGUGAUGACAUCUUGACAAUUCUUACCCGAGUCAACGACGAUGUCUGCCAAGAGGAAGGCUUCGUCAGAGGAAAGAAAGCCAAACAGGUCCCAGAUCAGUCCUUCAGACUGAGGAAGAAGCUCAUUUUUCCUGUGCCUUAAACAUCUGUGAACUAUGUGUUUGUGAAAAAGCCAUAUGCACCCACACUUUUGGGAUUAUUGCGACAGAGAAUUGCAUUUUUACAUUCCACAUCUUUUAAUGUAUUUUUUACAUUCCUACAUCUUACAUUCCACAAAUUUUAAACAAUGCAAUUUUGUGUUAUUUUGGGACAAUCUUUUUGUUAUGAAGAAAAGAAAACAUACCGGCAUUAUU